UCUGUGAAAUGAAACUAAACUGUCAUUCUCUGAACCAAAAUGGCACAAGCUGGAGAUCUUCUUUCUCAGGAACAUUUAAGUUGUUCAAUCUGUCUGGAUCUACUGAAGGAUCCAGUGACAAUAAAUUGUGGACACAGUUACUGUAUGGACUGUAUUAAGGGCUGCUGGGAUCAGGAGGAUCAUGUUGGUGUCUACAGUUGUCCUCAGUGCACACAGACCUUCACCUCAAGACCUGUUCUGGGCAGAAACACCAUGCUGGCUGAAGUGGUGGAGAAACUGAAGAAGACAGGACUCCAGACUGCUCCUCCUGAACAUUUUUAUGCUGGACCUGGAGAUGUUGUGUGUGAUGUGUGUCCUGGGAGAAAGAACAAAGCUGUCAAAUCCUGUCUGGUGUGUCUGGUGUCUUAUUGCAAAACACACCUUAAAAUUCAUAAUGAACUCAACCCUGGAAAUAAACAUAAACUGACUGAUGCUAUAGAACAACUACAGGAUGAGAUUUGCUCCCACCAUCACAAACUCCUGGAGGUCUACUGUCGUACUGAUCAGCAGUGUAUCUGUUAUCAGUGUGUGAUGGAUGAGCACAGAGGGCAUGAUACAGUCUCAGCUGCUGCAGGAAGGACUGAGAAACAGAAUCAGCUGGGUGCAACACAGAGUGAAUUCCAACAGAACAUCCAGCAGAGAGAGAAGAAGGUGCAGGAGCUGAGAGAGGCUGUGGACUCACUCACACGCUCUGCACAGGCAGCAGUGGAGGACACUGACAGCAUCUUCACCCAGAUGAUCUGCUCCCUUGAGAAAAGGCGCUCUGAGCUCAAAGAUGUGAUCAGAGCUCAGGAAAAGGCUGCACUGAGUCAGGCUGAAGGUCUUCUGGAGCAACUGGAGCAGGAGAUUGCUGAGCUGAGGAGGAGACACUCUGAGCUGGAGCAGCUUUCACACACAGAGGAUCACAUCCAUUUCCUACAGAGUUUCCAGUCUCUCUGUGUCCCUCCUGGACCUGUACACUUACCCACCAUCAGUGUGGACCCACACUGCUCUUUUGGAGGUGUGAAGAAAGCACUUUCUGAACUCAAAGUCCAACUAGAGGAAGCCUGUAAGAAUAAAUUCAAAGAAAUCCUCCAAACAGUGAAAGACAUUCAUAUUGUGGAGACCUCAAAUCCCAGUCCAUUGAAAAAAGUGCUACAGACUCCAGAAACCCGGACGAGAAAAGAGUUUUUAAACUAUGCCUGUCAGCUCACACUGGACACAAAUACAGUGAAUAAAAACCUCUGUCUGUCUGAGAGGAACACAGUGGUGACCUGGAAGAAGCAGCUCCAGUCAUAUCCUGAACAUCCAGAGAGAUUUGAGUGUUGGUACCAAGUUCUAUGUAGAGAUGGUCUGUCUGGAUGUUGUUACUGGGAGGUUCAAUGGAGUGGCGAUGAUGGGGUUUACAUAGCAGUGUCAUAUAAGGGGAUCAGGAGGAAAGGAUGGAGUAAUGCAUGUGGCCUUGGAUACAAUGACAAGUCCUGGAGUUUGGACUGCUCUCCCUCCAGCUUCAAUUUAUGGCACAACAAUAAGAAGACUCCAGUAUCUGGUCCCAGUUCCUCUACAAUAGGAGUUUACCUGGAUCACAGGGCAGGAACUUUGUCCUUCUACAGUGUCUCUAAGGACACAGUGACCCUCCUCCACAGAGUCCAAACCAUGUUCACUGAACCCCUCUAUCCUGGAUUUUGGGUUAGUUUGUCAUCUCAAGUUAAGCUGUGUUCUCUGAAAUAA